UUGAAGGAGAGGGAGCUUCAAUGUAAAUAGUUCCUUACGGUUUAAUUUCACAUUUCUCCUUGUCUUUAUUCGACUUUCAACUGACAAAGCAAGCUUUACUGUCUGUACGAUAAGAUAAUGGAACAUCGAUGUAAUUGUGGUAGUGUACAUGACACAGAAAUAGGAAUCAGUUAUAAUCUGUUUGAAAAAAUAGAUAAAGACAGAGUGGAAUGUCUAAAUGAGCACGAGGAAGGCAAUGGUGCUAAAAUUUUCAAAACAUGGGAAGAAAGAUUAGAUAGAUCAGAGUUUGUUCAAAGUGAUGUCGAUGAUGAGCUUCUGUUUAACGUACCUUUCACAGGAGAUGUAAAAUUAAAGGGCCUUAUUGUAGUUGCAGAUGAAAGUUAUUCUCCCAAAACAGUGAAGUUAUAUAAAAACCGGCCGCACAUGCUAUUUGAUCAUUUAGAUAAUAGCCCAGAACAGGAAUUUGAAUUAAUUACAGAUGUAUAUGGAGUACAUGAAUAUCCUAUAAGAACGGUCAAGUUUUCAUCAGUGCAGCAUUUAAGCCUUUACUUCAGUGGUAUGGGAAAUACAGAACAAAUUAAAAUUUAUUACAUCGGUCUCAAAGGGGAAUGGACUCCAGCUCACAAACAUGGUGUAACUAUUUGUACAUAUGAAGCACGUCCUCUUAUCAGUGAUCAUUCAACAGGCAUUAAUGAAGUCGGUAGAAUAGUUAAAUGAUAUUUGGACUAAAACCUCCUGUUUGUAAGAUUCUGGUUUUUUAAGCACAGGAAACGGGCAUUGAGGAUAUGACUGUAAA